UUUAGUUAAGUAUUCCAUAUGAUCAACUGUUGUGAGGAAUGCACCUUGAAACAUGAAUAUGGUUAUUGCCUUAUUGGGCUUUAGGCUUAUGUACUCUGAAUUUCAGUCCUUAUCAUGGGCUUGGCCUGGUUGGUGUUGAUACACUUAAAAGAGAUUGAAGGUUUUUCCUCUAAUUGGUUUUACUCCACCCAUGCAAGAACCCAUGGGAUAUUGGUAAAGUUGAGGAACCAACCCUACAGGGAAAGUCAGUCUCUCUGUGUUUGUUUUUUCGUUCUUGUUCUAUAGGUAAGCUAGCCUUGCAAGCUUGCACAAACUAAAAUCUGGAGCAUAUUGUGUAUAAGAGACAGCUGAAGAUGACUGAUGCAAGGCAAAAUGAUUCCUCUUCAACUGGUAUGUAGAUACGGCUGAAGAUGACUGAUGCUAGACAAAAUGAUUCCUCUUCAACUGGAAGUGGAUAUGAGCUUGGAAUGGCUGUCAGUAUAUGUAGAGGACUGUUUGUCAAGCACAGGAAGUUGUCUUCCAGCAGUACCUUCUAGUGGUCAAAACCCAACCUUAAACCCAAAACUGACCAAAACCCAACAAAACCCACCUUCCUUGCACAAAUUUGUAGUCCCAGGCAAGGCCAGAACGAAGAGAAAAAGGUCAUCCCCAACUGCAAAAACCAACAAGAAUGAUGCAUUGACUAGUUGGACUCAUAACCAAAACUCGAAUGACCAAACUCUUUAUUUCACAUCCUCAGACCCUCCUUUGCUCCAACAAACACAUUGGUUAGCUGAUAGUGAACUCAUGAUGCCCAUAAAACAAGAGCCCCAAAACAACAAUAAAGAAGAAACAAAAGAGGAGAAAAGGGAUGCCAAUAAGGAGACACAGAAGGCGGAGGUUAUGAUGAGUGUGGAGGGUAAUGAUGAUGGUUUGGGUGGGAUGCAGCAGCAGCAACAAUCAAGGAGGUGCACUCAUUGUCAAUCACAAAGGACUCCACAGUGGAGGGCUGGACCAAUGGGUCCAAAGACAUUGUGCAAUGCAUGUGGGGUGAGGUACAAGUCAGGAAGACUAUUGCCAGAGUAUAGACCUGCAAAAAGUCCUACUUUUGUAAACUACUUGCACUCCAAUUCUCACAAGAAAGUUAUGGAGAUGAGAAUGGGUCAUAUUCCCUCCAUUAAUCCUAGUGAGCAGUCACUUUUGUUGAGUUCCAAUCCCUCUUUUGUAAAUUAGAGUACUCUAUAUAAGAUCAAUAUGGGAAAUUCAUUGCUAUUUUA